AGAGGCAGCAACCUGUCAAUCAAAGUAAUCCUCGCUCUGACGCAUACCCAACUUUAUGGUCUGUCUGACUCUUAAUGGACCAUCAUUUACUAAAUGAACAUCACGCUGUAUUGAAGAAGACUUGCAACUAGAGAUUGAGACCAUAAUUCAUAUUCACAAUGUUUACUGAGGGACUCUCUCUCUCUCUCUCUCUCCAAAACAACUGGGAGACAGAGUGUUUUAAAACCAUGGCAGAGAAAACAGAAGGAUGUCCCCUCCACCCAAGGCCGUGCCUCCCUUUUCGCGAAUGCCAAAAAACUUGUCUCCCUCCACCCCCUCUGUGGAGGGAGACACGUUUUUUGUGGAGGCUCCACCCUUCUCUGAACAGACACGCAAAACAAACAGAGUACACACGCAAAACAUACACAGAAGGUCUCAAACUAAACAAAGCACCCCAACCCCAACGCCUGCAGCCUCUGGUUCGGCCCGCAGAGAAGGGGAGGAGGAUCAGGGCAGGCCGGGAGCCAUGCAGCGGCAGCUGGAGCUCGCUGCCCUCGGUGUGGCCAUCGCCGGGUGGCUGUGCGCCAUCCUGACGCGCUGCCUGGCCCUGUGGACGGUGAGCGGCACCGUGGACAACGUCACGGCCACCCUGCCGGCCUACUGGGACGGGGUGUGGCUGGAAUGGGAUCACUGGGAUCUGUCCCACGACGGCAGCUUACACUGCUCUUUUUACCAGUCCCUCAUGUCUCUCUCCGGGAACUUUCGGACGUGGCGGGCCCUCGUCAUGGCCGCCAUUGGGGCCGGGAGUUUCGCCACGGCGAUCGGAGUCACGGGGGUCGUGUGGUUCCCUGCGUUUGGCCUGGUGUUUUCUGGCACCCUCUUCGUCCUGUCCGGGCUCCUGCUGCUGGUUCCCACCGCCUGGACGUGCCACCUCACCGGGCAGCCGCUGGAGGGCGCCGUGCUGCUGCGGAGGGACUGGGGCCCGGCGCUGUACCUCGGGUGGAUCUCCUUAGUCCUGAUGGUGGCCGGGGGAGCGGUUCUCACCACCAGAUGCAGAGCGGCCGGGGCUGGGGGGGCAGGAGGAGUCCAGUCACCCACUAAGCCGGAUCAGCAGGACUGUGUUGACUUUUGAAAUGUCCUCACUGUGGGACGAAUAAAGGUAUUGUUGAGCAUAUUCCUUAGUAGAAAAGCCAUGUUGAGUGCACUGUGCAGUAAUGUAACAAGUUCAUGUUUACCUGUGUAAAUUGGGGUGCUGUUGUGCGCAUGCGCAGAAUAAACACUGCGUGAGUUCCCAGACUGAAGAGA